CUUUUGAAUUUUGAGCCAACAUAUUCCACAGUGAACCACACAGCCUCUUUUUCCAAGAGAAACCAUCGGAUUAAAUCGUGAUCUUUCAGAUCUUCCUCCAGAUUAAAAGUUGAACCCUUGAUUCUCUCAUCGCCGUAUCUCUAAUGAAUCUUCUCCCUCGGGUCAACUCCAGAUUUUCUCUCAAAGAACUACACGAAAAUCUCCGUGCUUUGGUUUGCUGCGCCUUUUGAUUAUCUUCACAGCUCAUUCGAUCUCUUCGGAUUUCAGUGGAAUAGGGAAAUUGGGUUUUCUUUUUUCAGCCGAGCUUAUUCGGUGUUCUUGGCAUGAUUCUGAUCGAGGAAAAAGUUGGUGUUUGAAGUGGGAACUCUGGUGAUGAAAAAAUGGGGGAAAAUGGAAAUGCAGCUGCUCAGCACACUGCAAUCAACGCAGUUCAGGCAUUAGGGAGAGGAUUUGAUGUCAACUUCGACACGAGGCUGUUAUACUGUAAAGGUGUUGCGGGUUCUAGGAUUGUCGAAAUCGACGAGGAACACGUUAGGGAUGUCUACUUGGACGAUCAACUUGUUCUGCACAAUAUUUCCAGAGAUAUCAAGAACUCCCAGGAGCCUAUUGGACGUCAUAGUUCUGGGGUUUGUAAUUUUCAUGAGAUGGUGGAGUAUUUUAAUAAAAAAACUAAUGUGUCUGGUAGUUUUCCGCUUGGUAGUUUCAAUUCUGCAUUUAGCUUUACCGGUUCGAUGAAUAUUGAUUUCGCGGCCACGAAGAUGCUCUCUGUAGAUGGAUUUUACAUUCCACUUGCCAAGUUUGAGCUUACAAUGUCCCAGUUGGUGUUGCAAGAAAAGGUUAAACAAGCCGUCCCAAUAUCUUGGGAUCCAUUAUCCUCGGCAAGUUUCAUCGAAACUUUCGGGACACACGUCAUCACUUCUGUAACUAUUGGUGGUAAAGAUGAGAUAUACGUCAAACAACAUCACUCUUCACCCUUAUCUACCAUGGAGAUUAAAAACUAUGUGCAGGAUAUUGGAAACCAGAGAUUCUCUGACAAUGAAAUUCAUAGAAGUUCAGGUCAAAUCAAAUUGAAGGAUAAGGCUGGUGUUGAUCCUGGAUUAUUCAACAGUCAAGGGAUAUACCCUCAACCUUCCAACGCGCCAUAUCUUAAUGGAAAAGAGGAUGUUACGGUCAUUUUCCGGAGGAGGGGAGGAGAUGAUCUGGAACAAAAUCACACUCAAUGGGUAAAAACCGUCCGCUCCUCUCCUGAUGUCAUUGAAAUGACUUUCUAUCCUAUUACUGCUCUGCUUGACGGAGUAGCUGGAAAGGAGCAUCUGGCUCGUGCCAUGAGUCUUUAUCUUGAAUACAAGCCUCCGAUUGAAGAACUGAGAUGUUUUUUGGAGUUCCAGAUUCCUAGGAUAUGGGCUCCUGUAAAGGACAAGAUUCCCGGCCACCAAAGGAAGGAACCCGUUUGCCCAUCUUUGCAAUUCAGCAUGAUGGGGCAAAAACUUUACGUCAGCCAAGAGCAGGUCUCAGUUGGACGUAAACCCGUAACAGGCUUGCGAUUACGACUAGAAGGAACCAAGCAAAACCGUCUUAGCAUUCAUCUUCAACACUUGGCUUCUCUUCCAAAGAUCCUUCUUCCGCACUGGGAAACCCAUGUUGCAAUUGGUGCUCCCAAGUGGCAGGGACCGGAGGAGCAAGAUAGCAGAUGGUUUGAACCUGUGAAAUGGAAGAAUUUUUCUCAUGUCAGUACUGCACCAAUCGAAAACCCCGAGACCUUUAUAGGUGAUCUCUCUGGUGUCUACACUGUCACUGGGGCACAACUUGGGGUCUGGAAUUUUGGGUCUAGAAACGUCUUGUACAUGAGGCUCUUGUAUUCUAGGCUUCCGGGUUGCACGAUAAGAAGAUCUUUGUGGGACCAUUGUCCAAAUGACAAAUCAAAGAAAGUUGCUGCUAAUAUGAGUGCUACCAACUCCGGCGACUCAAGCUCCGGCUCACAAGAAAAUGUGGUAAAUAAGUUAGCAAAAUUUGUUGAUACGUCUGAGAUGAGCAAGGGGCCACAAGAUCCUCCGGGUCACUGGUUGGUCACCGGUGGAAAGCUUGGUGUCGAGAAAGGCAAAAUUGUGUUGCGAGUGAAGUACUCCUUGCUGAAUUAUUGAAUCUCUUGGCACCAGCUUCAAUGUUUUUCCAUUUUGCAUGUUCGUAUGUGUUAAUUGUGCUUGUAAAGAAUUGUGCUGUGAUGAAUCUGGUUUGAGUGGGUUAGGACAUGUAUGCAAAAGAUGGAGUUUCUUCCUGUUGCAACUUCUUCUCUG